AUGUUAUUGGAUAUCAAUAGCCGAAUAAUCGAAACACCAGUUCUAGAUUAUGCAAUGCAACAAUACAGGUUAUUUGCUGUGGUUGUGCAAGCCUAUGUUGUUUUUUUUACUGGUGAAUUUAUUACAAACAAUACGAUGUGCAAAGUUCAAGCGUGGAUUUACUAUGUUUUAUCAAGAUCAUUUACCAAUCCUACUUGGGAAGAUUCAAUUGACGAAAAAAGACGCAGUUUGCAUUAUAGCCCAAGCUUAAAAAAAGUUUUAACAUCAGUUUGUAAUUUGUUUGCAUUGCAUACUAUUGAAAAAGAGCCUUCUGAAUCGUUGAAGCAAAAAUAUUUGUCAUCGAAGCAAGCGAGAAUGCUAAAAAUCCAAGUUUCUGAAUUGAUAAAGAAAGUUAGACCUAAUGCCGUUGUAUUGGUUGACGCUUUUAAUUUACCUGAUUAUUUGUUGAAAUCGGCAUUAGGAAA